UGGCACCGAACCGAAGCACCUUGAGAUCACCUUCGAUCGACGCUGAACCCUAACAGGACAGGGUUCUGAGAUAUGUAGGUUCGUCACACUAUGCGGGUGGGUGCUAAGAUGUGAAGUGUGAACUUACUUUUUGACCCUGAUUUUACCCAUUCGUUGAGGUAGUAUCCGUACACAAUCACGUUUGAUUGCUCGCUCGGGGGGUUAGGGUUGCACCGAUGCAGUUGGGUGUCCCUGAAUGCCUCAACAACACCUUAACACUACUUGCUUGUUUGCUUCCCGCGACUAGCAGCUGGCCGAUACCCAAAUACAUCUACGUAAGGCACCUUACUUACCUCUGUCCUGUCCUUCUUUUCUAGGACUACACCACCCGGUUCCGUCUUUCUCACCCCGGUAGAUCAAUUCCUCCCUCAUGUCACUGACACUGGAUUUUGAGGGACAAGACAAGACGCGCAAUGCAACAUGGCCCAAACCACAGCCUCCGUCCGGGAGGGCACAGAUGAUGGAAAUGCCCAAGAAUCGAUAAGCACCGCGGUCUGCGAGAGCGCAGGACCCCCGGCGCCGGAAGCGUGCGACCAUGAUCGGGCAGACCACUUUGACCCAGCAACCACAAAUCUUCCCGAGCACAGCGACGACUUGCACUCAGCCGACUCAGACCUCGGACAGCUCGCGUCUGCGUCAGCUGAUGGCACGGUGAAGAUCUGGGAUCCGGCGACCAACCAGUGCAGAGCAACUCUCGAGGGCCAUAACGGAUCGGUCUUCUCGGUAGUCUGGUCGCCCGACGGAGCCCAGCUUGCGUCUGGAUCGGCUGACGGGACUAUCAAGAUCUGGAAUCCGGCAACCGGCCAGUGUACAGCAACCCUUGAGAGUCAUGCAGGCUCGGUCUUGUCGGUGGCGUGGUCGCCCGAUGGAACCCAGCUUGCGUCGGGAUCGCGCGACGGGCCGAUCGAGAUCUGGAGCCUAGCGACUACCCAGUGUGUCGCAACGCUCAAGGGCCAUGACAGCUCGGUCCUUUCGGUAUCUUGGUCGCCUAAUGGAUGGGAGCUCCUAUCAGGGUCAGAAGAUCAAACAAUCAGGACUUGGGAUUUGACAACCACCUGGUGUAGAAUGAUUCUCGAGGCCUUUAGAGAGUCAGUCUUGUCAAUAGCGUGGUCGCCCGAUGGAUACCAAUUCGCGUCAGGGCCGGAUGACACGAUUAUAAAAAUCUGGGGUUCGGCCUGCACGAGUUCACUGACUCUCGAGGGCCAUACAGCCUCAGUUGGGUCAGUAGCAUGGUCGCCCGAUGGAGCUCGUCUCGCGUCAGGCUCAGACGAUCGGACCGUUAAGGUCUGGGAUCUAGACAAUGCUCAGUGUACAGCGACGCUUUCGGGGCAUGAUAAGUUCAUCCAGUCGGUAACCUGGUCGCCCAAUGGAGCCCGGCUAGCAUCGGGAUCAGACGAUGAAACUGUCAAGAUUUGGAAUCCUGUAACAAGCGAGUGUAUAGCGACGCUCAGAGGCCAUAAGGACACGGUCUACUCUGUAGCCUGGUCGCCCGAACCUGCCCGGUAAACAGCAAACCACUGAGCAGAGGGUACUGAGCCUGCGUCGUGCACGCAGAAUAAACAGAAGAGA